AGAGACGUUGCCAGCUGGGACGAAGAGUUUUUCUCAGUAGUUUGUGUGUGGCUGUCAUCCAGGAAGGAGAGCCAGUUUAGUUUAAUUGCUUUUAGUGUAAAAAUCAAUUGUACAAAUAGGUGGAAAGUGGUGUGAAAAGUGCACAGUUCACGGAAGAUGGUGCAAAAAUAUCAAUCGCCCGUGAGGGUGUACAAAUAUCCCUUCGAACUGGUGAUGGCUGCGUACGAGCGACGGUUUCCAAAAUGUCCCCAAAUGCCGAUUGUGCUGGACUGCGAAGUGGUUGAGGACGAAGAGUUGGACGGCGGCGCUCGCAGGGAGACGAAGAGGCGCUGCAAACUGGCCGUCGAUGCGCCUUACUUAUUCAAGAAACUCAUUGGCCUGGACUUUGUCUUCUUCCUCCAGCACAACUCGCUGGACAUGCGAGCCCGGACGCUAAACAUCGAGGCCACAAAUGAGACUUUCGCCUCUAGAAUUGAGAUCUUUGAACGAUGCAGGUAUUACGCCCAUCCGGACAACCCGUCCUGGACGUGCUUCGACCAGUCGGCGACGCUGGACAUCAAGAACUUCUUCGGCUUUGAACAUUCCAUGGAGAAGAUGGGCAUGAAGCAGUACACACAAACCACGCUGAAGGGCAAGGAGAUUAUUGAAUAUUUCAUCGGCCAAUUGAAGCAGGAAGGCAUCACUCACGUGCCGCGAUGGGCGAGUGUAGAUGCAAACGACGAUGAAGGCGUUGACGCGGAGUCCGUUAAGCUGCAAACGAGCGGAUCGGUGCUGAAGAAGGAAGAUUCGGCAAGCCUGGACGAUGAGUACAUCUCGAAAAACCUCGGUGAGAUGACACCACUGCAGGAGUCGAAGCUGGUGGAACUGGAGGCGCUGCUGAAGGAGAAGAAUGAAUACCAGACGCCAGAUCAUCAGAUGAUUUGUCGUUUCCUGCGUGCGAGGGACUUCAAUGUGGAAAAAUCAUAUCAGAUGCUGCAGGAUUCGCUGAAGUGGCGCCAGGAGAAUGACAUUGACCACAUUUUGCAGCUGUACAAGGCGCCGCCGGUGGUGACGAAGCACUUCCCCGGUGGCUGGCAUCAUCGCGACAAGGACGGCCGACCGCUGUACGUGCUGCGGUUGGGGCACAUGGAUGUGAAGGGACUGCUGAAGUCCAUCGGCGAGGAGGGCCUGCUGAGACUCACGCUGCACAUUUGCGAGGAGGGAUUGCAGCUAAUGCGCGACAGCACGAAGGAGCUGGAGAAGCCUGUGAGCACGUGGUGUUUGCUGGUGGAUCUCGAGGGUCUGUCGAUGAGGCACUUGUGGCGGCCCGGAGUGAAAGCGCUGUUGAAUAUCAUUGAGACCGUGGAGAAGAACUACCCGGAAACGAUGGGCAGAGUGCUGAUCGUUCGAGCGCCGAGGGUUUUCCCCAUUCUUUGGACUCUCAUAUCCACAUUUAUCGAUGAAAAUACGCGGUCGAAAUUCCUCUUCUACGGCGGGCAGAACUGCCUACAUCCGGAUGACGGCCUGGAGCGCUACUUACCAUCUGAAAUCAUUCCGGACUUCCUGGGCGGCUGCAGUACGACUGGAUUUCCAACUAAUGGUUUCGGGAUGAUUUCAUCGAAUUUCUACACGCGUUGUUACACUCUAUCUUGUAACUGUACACUCAUCCACGAGGGCGGACUGGUGCCGAAGAGCCUGUACAGGACGGCGGCGGAGAGCGGCGCGAGCGGAGAGGAAGUGACUCCGCAUCCGCAUCAGGACAUGUAUAAAUCAGUGGACUUGAGAGCCAAUCAAUUCUUUGAGCUUGUGAUAAGGAACGAUGAUCCCAAAAGUGUUUUGACAUGGGACUUUGAUGUCCUCAAUGUGGACGUUUAUUUCACAGUAUUUCGGACGAUGGAGACAAUUUGCCAAACUGGAGAUCUUUACACUUCUGUUUUCGAUGGGGCAAAUCUGGAGGAAGGCAAGACAUAUUUCAAGGAGGAGCCCACACUGCUCUGCCGCCACAGGGAGAGCGUUCAGGGCUCGCACGUGAUGACGACCGUCGGCACGUACAUUCUGCAGUGGACCUGCUCGCCGUCCACGGACAAAGUGGCCACGCUGAUGUUCCACUACGAGAUCCUGAGCUCGGCCAACUACAAGGGAUCCAUGACGAGCCUGCAAUCGGGAUUCUCGGCGCUCAGCGUCGCGAGCUCGUGCCAAUCGCGAUGAGCGCGGAAAAUGUGAUGAAGAGAGGAGAAUAACUUGAAAGUAUUACAGAAGAGAAAAUGGUACCUAUCUCUGCAAAGGAAUAUCAAUUGUAGAUCAAUUUUAGUUAUUUAAAUUCCAAUGUAGAUAAAAUAUUUGGAGGAUAAUCUCUCUAGUAGUUGAAUAGGUGGAGAUUUGAUACGCGGGCGAAUGUGAACCGUCUGAAGACUUGAAAUGUCUCUAACUUGUAACGUCUGUUGUGCAAGAAUUUGGCAAUUUUUUCUAUUAGUUUAAAACUUAUACAUAUAUACUUAAAACUAAAAAUCUCCUCAACUUUGUAACGAAUCUUGUGGCGAGAAAUUCAGUCAAUUCAACCGCCUAGCAAUUGAAGAAAAAUGCGUAUACAAUGAAUCUCUUAAGCAAAUUUGCAGUGAUGCAAAGUGAGGGAAUAAUUUAUUGUGAGGUAUUCAAGUGAUUUGUUCUUAGGCUGAUUAAAUAGGGUCAUUCAUUAGACAGAGAGUGUGAUUCCUAUCAAUUCCAAUUUAGUGGUCCUAUAUGUUGAUCAAGAAAAAUGACAUUAUCAGUUUCUCAAUAAAGGCUAAACUUCUCUGCAGCUCAAA